ACGCAUUGGUCGCCGCAGUAAAUCUACGCAUGUGCCCCACGCAGCUGCACACGCUCUCGAGUGCCUCGCCCGACCCUUCCCCUGCCCCGCCCUUGUAGCCGCAAACCACCGCAACCACCAUGUUUUGGCGCUUCGGCGGGUACGCGCAGCUGUCGUCGCUCGACAGCAUCCUCGACAAGCCCGACGUCACCGUCGAGGAGCUGCUCGACGAGUCGGAUCUGAUACAGGAGCUCAAGCAGCAGAACUCGAAGCUGAUAGAAUAUCUUCGCGAUGAGAAUGUCUUGGAACGCCUGCUGCGCUACGUUAUCGCCGCCAGACCCGACCUGCCCCCUGACGACGAGACCGGAGGAGAGCCUGCGCACGAGGCGAGGAGUCCAAGUCGGACGGGCUUUUUCGGCAAAGUCAGGGCACGCUCGACAUCCACCACCAAGUCCGAUGCGGGCGAUAGUGAAGAGACCAAGGAGGAGCGACAGCGCAUGAAGUACGCCUAUGUGUCGUGCGAGAUCCUAUCGUCCGAAGUAUGGUCCAUCUCCGAGGCUGUCCUCGAGAACCAGGACACUUUGCGACAGUUCUGGGCCUACAUCAAGCAGCCUGCGCCGCUCGACCCCGUCCAGGCUGGCUACUUCACCAAGGUCAACGAGUCGCUGCUCGACCGCAAGAUGGAGGAGAUGCUCGACUUCUUCAAGUCAUUGGACGAUGUUGUAACAGACAUGUUGCAGCAUGUCGACUGCCCAGUCAUCAUGGACCUGCUGUUGAAGAUCAUCAGCCUUGAGAAGAGCGAGGGUGGACAAGGCAUUGUUGACUGGCUGCAACAACAGAAUCUCAUUCCCCGCCUGAUAUCGUUCCUCGCCCCAGAUCAGUCGACUUCGACACAAACGUCAGCUGGCGACUUCCUCAAAGCCAUCAUCACGAUAUCCGCAAACGCUACCACGCAAGACCAGUCCGUCAUCGGGCCCAACGAGCUUACACGCCAGCUUGUCUCCGAACAAUGUCUGAAACAGCUGAUCGAUUUUAUGCUACAAGGCGGCAACCCGCUAACAGUCGGUGUGGGCAUCAUCAUCGAGGUGAUCAGGAAGAACAACUCCGACUAUGAUUUGGAGAAUCAGAUUGGGCCGGUACCCAAGAACUCAGACCCUAUCUACCUGGGAACACUGCUUCGCCAAUUCGCCAACCACAUCCCGCAGUUCAUGGAGCUAGUUAAUAGCUCAAGUCAGAUCGUGACACAGCGCGAUGGUAGCACUACAAAGAAAAAGCGAGAGCUCAAGACAGCCUUUGGCGAGAAGAUUGAACCGCUUGGAUUUGAUCGUUUCAAGACGUGUGAGCUGAUGGCCGAGUUGCUGCACUGCAGUAACAUGGCUCUGCUCAACGAACGGGGCAGCGAGGCUGAAGUCAAGAGGCGAGAUGCCGAGCGGGAACGUCUCAAGGCCGAUGGCAAAUUGACUUCAGCGAUUUCUGGCAACCCAGGCGAUUUCUCCACCAGUGUCGAUAGUCAAGGCUUUCACCACGCGCGCGCCCCAUCUAUGGACUCUCCUGCAGAGAUAAAACCUCUGCACGUACAGAAUAGCUCGGAAGACGACUUUGAGAAGGUUGUCGCGCCAGAAGUUGCAGUCGAGGAGGUCAAAGAUACCUCAACAGAGAAAGAGCAAAUUGGAGAGCCAUUGGAGCCCUCGCCGAAGCUGCCACCGAGAGAUGUGCCACAGGAAUCGUCCUCUGCCAAGACCGCAGGCGAUGACGGCGAGUUUGUUGACGAGCCUUUGACACCACCCAAAGACGCUGCAGCACCUGCUGAGAAACCUGAAUCUCCACCUAAGCCUGCAGAUGAUGCCGAGUCACCUACAUCGGCCGGCCUGAGUGCCAAGGUCGAUGAGCUUGAGCUGGAUACCGACACCGUUAUGAAGGAUCGCCAGGAACCGACAGAGCCGGCAAAGACUGAGAAGUCGGAUACCGAUGUUAAGACCCCGCCAUCUCUUCUAACACAACAGCUCAAUCAGACCUCGGAUACUGUCACCGCUGAACAAUCCGAAAGCCUUUCGCCUCACCCAGACGACAAGCCGGCGCCAUUGUUUGCGGGUAAGAAUCGCGAAACUAAAGCUGAAUCAGCCAGCAUCGACACCUCGCGCUUCACAGCACCAGUAGCGGGAUCAGAUCUUUCGGAAAUCACUCCUAUCGACGAGUCUCAGAGCGUGCGUUCCGUAGUAUUUGGUAGUGCAGAGGAUACCGUGGGCUUCGAGAUUGACAUUGACGGUACGCCUGUUGUUGGCGACUUGCUGAAGAUCACAUUCGUUGAGAACAAAGUUGUACCAACGAUACUGGAUUUCUUCUUCCGCUUCCCAUGGAACAACUUCCUACAUAACGUAGUAUACGAUGUCGUUCAGCAAGUCUUCAACGGCCAGAUGGACCGUGGAUACAACCGUCAGCUAGCGAUUGACCUCUUCGAUAACGGAGGCAUAACCGAGCGCAUCAUCAAAGGACAGCAGGAGAGCGACAAAUCACACCAAGAAACGUCCAUGCGACUAGGAUACAUGGGUCACCUCACCCUGAUCGCAGAAGAGGUGUUAAAGUUUACAGAGCGACACACCGACGAAGUCUUGUCGCAGAUGGUCCUAGAGAAGGUCCAUGCUCAAGAAUGGGUGUAUUAUGUGGAGCAUAUUCUAGCUGAGACUCGAGAGCGCGACAACGCCAUUCUCGGAGGCGUCCGACCUGACAUGAGCGUCGGGCCCAGACAGGCUGUGCUCAACGCCGUCAACGCAGCGAACAACAACUUCGGGGGCGACAGUGGCGGGCUCUCCAAUGCAAGCCUCGCCAACAACGGCAACAUAGGCCUCGACAGCAUGGAGCUCACCAAUGCUGGUGACACUGAGGGUGGUGGGUACACCUUCAGCGGAGGCUCCUUGCUUAGUGGCUUUACUAACUCGAGUGACGAAGAAGACGAAGACAUGGACGAUGUCGACACCGAGAGAGAGCGGGAACAACGACAGGGACCUGUCGACGACUCCGAACAAGUGGGUGAAAUCUCAUUUGACGAUGCUGAUAUGGACUAUCGAUAAGUCCAUGGCCCCGAGCAUACACACUAUACCACGAAUGUUUCCCGCCCUUGGUGCGUUUCCUUUCCUUAUACUUGUUUGUAUCAUGAGCGGGAACGGACAGACGGCUCGCAUGCUAGAUCUAUGGGCCUAUCAUCAUCCUUUCUGUACAUACAUUCCUUGCGCCAUCCGACAGGGUGUAUGAUACAUGUAGUAAUACGCAUCGUGAGAUGUGGUUUCCUCUCAUCUC